ACAGGACAAUGUGUCCAGUUAAGAUAAUAGUGAAAGAAGAAUCUGGACGAUGGGUUAUAAAAUCCACAAAGCUUGAGCACAAUCAUGAGCUGGCUCCCAGUGAGUGGCUGGUUAGGUUUAUGAAGUGCCACAAAAGGAUGUCUGAAUCUGACAAGGCAUUGAUUGACAUUCUUCAAGAAAGCAGAGUGCCCCCCAGGAAAGUGAUGACCAUAUUCAGGAGGAUGAUGGGGAGCUUCAGAGGAGUACCUUUUGAUGCUAAGUAUCUGAGCAACCGCAAUGCAAAGAAAAGACUUAAACACAAGAACAAAGACAUUGAGGAGCUGCUGAAAAUUUUCAAGAGCGUUGAGGAUAAGAUGCCAGGUUUCAGUUACCAGCUCCAGGUCGACGCACACAACACCGUUAGAAGUGUGUUUUGGACAGAUCAGAUAGGUAGAGCAAACUACAGCCAGUUUGGGCAGUUUGUCUCUUUUGAUACCACCUAUUCCACAAACCAGUACAAUAUGCCAUUUGCCCCUGUGGUUGGCGUGGACAACUAUGGAAAGACUGUCCUGUUUGGUGCGGCAUUGUUAAAGGAUGAGAAGGAAGACACAUUCAGGUGGCUGUUUCGAGCAUUUCUGAGGUCGAUGGGGGGUCUGCACCCGGAAACCAUAAUAACAGACCAGGAUGUCGCAAUGCGGAAUGCUAUACGUGCUGUCAUGUUGCACUCAACCCACCGCUUCUGCAACUGGCACAUCCAGAGGAAAAUGAAAUAGAAACUAGUCACUUUCUUUGCUGCCCGAGGAACUUUGCAUGUAGAUCUCUGGAGCCUAAUCAGGAACUCGUUCACGCCUGAAGAGUUUGAGAGCGGAUGGCACGCUCUGUUGGAGAAGCAUGAUGCUCAGGAUGAAACCCACCUAAAGCGGUUGUUUGAAAUCAGAGAUGAGUGGGUCCCUGCGUACUACAUGGACAAAUUUUUCCCAUUCACGUCAUCAACUGGGAGGAGCGAGAGCACCAACUCUCUGUUCAAAGGCUACGUCCUCCGAAAAGACUCGAUUGCGACGUUUUUCAACCAGUACCAGAUUGUGCAGGAAAAGAAGCAUAGCGACCUUGAUCGACUGAGAGAGAAAUCAGAACUGAGAGAACAACGUUACUGGAGUUACGACCCUAUGGAAAGAGAGGCUGCAAAGAUAUACACACCACCAAUAUACGCCAAAUUUGUGGAAGAGAUGAAAAAAACCACAGCUUACAGAGUUGAGGUCGUUGCUGCUGCUGGUGAAACAAGAACAUUUCUGGUGACAAGGCGGGGCAAAUACCAGGACGCAGAGUUUUCAAAGAGGAUAUACACUGUGUCAAUAUCACCUGAUGAUGUCUACCGCUGCUCAUGUUCCAAGUUCAGUCGGGACGGUUUGCAUUGCUGCCACGUCCUAGCGGUAGCAAGACACAUUGGGUUGAGUAGCCUCCCUGAAAGCUUUAUAAAUCCUAGGUGGACAGUAGCUGCAGGGCAUGUGUUAGCUAUGAUGACGGAUGGAAAUGUUGGUCAAAAUGGACAGAGAACACACUUGACAGUCAGGCAUUCUAUAGUCAUGAGCCAGGUGUCCGACGCAUUGUCAAACGAAUGCACGGACGACAGGUCGUACGACCUGUUCGUGGAAGGAAUCGGUGAGGCAAUAAACAAAGUCAGGUUAGACAAGCGGCUCCGCCAAGAACAACAACUCUCAGGUGGGAAGCGACGGUGUAUUGAUGAUCCUCAGCAGCUGAAUGUUGAUGCCAGGCAGGAGGGGGAUGGCGACCUGCAUAUCCCUACGCAGGUGCAUCGAAACGUUGUGUCUACCAUUGGUGCGUCUAGCAUGGGUGGAGUUGAGGUGCAUCAAACAUUUAGUUUGAGAGACCCCCCGCUGUCACGCACAAAAGGUUUCAACCUUGGUGAUAGGCCAAAGUCCAUGUAUGAAAAGGCUUCUGAUAAGCUUAAGAAACAAAAAGCAGUAAGGAAGUGUUCCAAGUGCAGGCUGCCAGGCCAUAAAAAGCCACAAUGCCCCCAAAAUAACCAGAAACAGGCGACAUAACGAGGCGUCAUGGGCUGGACCAGAGAGCUACAACGCGCAUAGGAUGCUAUGGGAAAAGAAAUGGAGGCAAUUAUCUUCUUGGGGCACUUCUUUUUUUGCAUGGUGGGCGCAGAGAGAAA